UUCUGCUCACAUAUGUAACAGAUCGAUUUACCAGUGAGCAGGAGGAUGACAGGAAAUGUAGUUCUGAGAGGUUCGUGCAGGUACUGUAAAACAACUUAAUUUCACUAAUGGCUUUCAAGGUCCGUUUUGUGUUGCAAUAAAUGUUUGCGCUUGUUUUUCUUGUAAUGUACAGCACAUGCAUGAAUAGUAUAUUUCAAGGCACUCUGAUUUUGUAGUUUUUUAAUAAACGUGAAAUUAGCAGACAUUUCUUGCUCGCGAAAUUUACAUGUGAAGCCAUCUUGAGGCAGGGAAUGCAAUUAAAACAUUUUAAAAAGUGGUCAAAAUGUAAAACAAAAAAAUUAAACAAUACACACACCUUACGUAAACAAUUGUAGCAACACAUGGGAACAUGUAACAAUAAAAAGGCCCCUAUAUACUCUUUAAGUAUGCAUGUAUACACGUUUUAUCAUGAAUAAAUAAACCAUUUAAAUCGUGUGUUUGUUUUGCUAUUGGAGUACCAUGAUGUGCCGGUUGGGGUGGUGUGUUGAAUGUGGUUUUUCCAUAGUACAGCUUCUCAAUAGAAAUCGCAAUUUACAGCUAGUCUGAUACACAGGUAUAGUGCUCGCAGGGAAAACUUUUGGUCUGUAAACCAUAAGAUAACAUACACCGUAGAGCAUGCAGCUUUAAGUUAUUGCAGAACACAGUAACUGAAGAGGGGUAAUUUUUUUUUUUAAAGAGAUGAAGAUAUAAGCUGUGGUCUUUUGAACGAACUAAAAACAAAUUAUGAAUUUAGGUGUUCGUUUUUAGAUUACACAUGUUAUGACUUCAAAUCAGAAACGUUUUAUUAAAAUACAUAAAGUAAUUACCGGUAUUACCCACCCCACCCCCGUUAUGUGGCUCUGACAAUGGUUUGUGCCUUAAGUGGGCGUGUUUUCACAUCAGCAAAACGUUUUGUGGAGAAGGGAGAAAGUCCAACAAAGUAACCUACAAAUGGCUUGUUUAAAAGCAUUCUCUUAGCCUAAAGAAGAACAUUUCUGCAACGUUUCGUUAAUGAUGGAUAUGCUCAAUGCUGACCAAGGCAAUGGUAAAAAUACAUUCGGGGAUGAGUUUCUGGAGAGGAAUGUUGUGCUGUCUGACCAUAUCCAGCCAAACGAUGAAGCAGAUGAAAGGGAAGAAGUACCGUGUGGACCCAACACCCUAGAGGCCAGCAGGAGUGGACGACUGAGAAGGAGAAGAAGUUCCUCUCCUGGAGUGGAAGCAGCUCCCAAAAGAAGACUCCCUGCUGGGAGGAAAGCCACAAUAAAAGCAAGCAAAGUGACAUGCAGAGGGAGAGAUGCAGCCUUCUCCUGUGACCUGUGCAAGUCUCCUUUUGUCACUCACCCUGCUAGACGAGGGAGCAGGCCCAAAACCUCCACCUCCAGCCCCAGCCCACGAUACAGAGCUGACCCUGUGACGGGACUGACACGCACUCUCUGCAAUGCCUGUGGUCUGUCAUUUGAGAAGCCAAAGCGUGCUCCAGCUUCAAUCACCCCGGUAGACCCAGCUGAGCGGAGCAGGCAUGAACAAGAACUGCAGGCGUUUUCUCAGUCCAUGGUGCAGUUGCUAGGAGACCAGGAUGCCAGAAGACUCUGCUGUCCAGUCUUUGCCAAGAAACCCUGUCUGUGCCUGCAGAGUUAUAUCAAAGGGGCAGGUGGCAACAUGUUGGAAUAUCACAGUCGAGCUCUGAGGGUCCUGUCUCUGCUAAAGGAAGCCAAAGAACUUGGCUCACAGAAGUGCUACGACCCCAGCGCUGCGCCGCAGGAUGGCAAGAGCAAAAAGAGGCUGAUAGGACUGGGUAACGGGCAGCGGAAGUCCCAGGAGUUUGCAGACUUCGUGCUGACGAACAGGAAGGUGCUGCGAGAGGAGCUGAAGCUGUGUGAGCGAGCCACCCAGAGGAUCCUGGGAUACUCCAACAACUUCCUCCACAAGAGACUCAAAACAGACCCCCAGGGAAGGGAAAGAGUACAGAGGACUAAAGGCAAAAGUGCACUGGGUCUCCUGAAGCCAAUUCUAGAUCUCAGUAAAGACAGAUGCUGUAUGGACAACUGUGUUGUUAUGGCUCACUCCUAUGGGUGCUUACUCCAGCUCUGGAGGGAGAGGGCCCAGACAGGGCAGGCUGAAGCACGCAGGGUCCUGGCUGAAAUGUUGACCCCUUCAGGGGGUGGGAGGUGUAACUGUUACAGGUUUAUUAUGUGGGUGACUGGCUGCAGUCAGAGCACCAUCAGCAAGGUCAGUGAGCAGAUGAAGAAGACAGGGGGCGACAGAGAGCCACCGCCGCAUGGAUUGAAAAAGUGGAUCAAGGAGAACCCAAGACGCAAGAAGGCAAGCAUUAUGAGCACAGUCUCCACUCCCGACAGUGUCCUGCCUACCUUCACUCCAACACAUGGAGUAGCCUCUUCUAGUACUCAGGGCCAGGUAAUGGCAGUUGCCUCCUUGCCUCCUAGGUUGCUGGUUCAGGCUGAGCCUUCCCUGUGCUCCCCUCACAGCAAAACACUCCUCUCAGAUCUCCCACAGUCUCUCAGCACCCUGUCCACCUGCAGCCUGAUUAGUGGGGACAAUCAACUUCUUAUGCAGAAUGAAGGUGAAGAGCUGGAGAAGCUGCCUCCGGGGGCUCUAGUGUCCCUGACUCCCCUGCAGGACCCUCCGAUGCUGGACACACCUGGCCCUUCUGUCCCUUUGCUCCAGGCCCACUCCUUGGGGUUCUCUCAGCUACCCAGUGACUCUAUUCCAGUGACCAAUCAGAACUCUGGAGGCGCAAAUGAGGCUCUGAAACAGCCAAUAAGCAACGAGUACCAGCACUCAUUGCAGCUCAUAGAAUCUUCUGAAGAAGAUCACACUGUCCUUUGGGCCCCUUGAUGGUCAUUUACAUGCUGCAAAAGCACAAAAUAUUGAAACCUUGAAUUCUGUGCCUUUUAUAAAAAGUGCAGGGUUUAAUCAGGCAAGGAGAAGAGGCCACGAGAAUGAAUCUACUGUGGCUUGAACCGUGUGUAUUGAGCUGCUGGAGCCUAACCUUCUCUACCUAGCCAUCUACCACAGACUGGAAAGGUGAACUGCCCUGUAGUUGAUGAUUAGAAAGUGCGUUGACAGCAGAGAUUGUGUCUUGUGCCGUUUCUCAUUGUCAAAGCUAUGUCGCAUAAGAAAGCACCAGACUGAGAGAAACUUGUUGCCUGUGUGGCACAAGAUUACAAACUGAAAGGAAGGAUGGAGGACUUGAGCUGGAGAAGCAGUACCAUUGUGAUUAAAGUCUUGCAGAAGAAGUGGGAACAGAAACACAGAUAUUGCACGUGUAUGGUGCAUUUCUGGAAGCGUUGGUUUGCUAUUUAUUUGUAACUCUAUAUUAAAGAACUUCAACCCUGAGACGAAAAUGAUAUUUGUUUAAUGUUUUUAUUUAUUUUUAAGUAAAUGCAUUAUUUAUGCUACACUGUGGUAAAAUCUCGAAUACUGAAUUCCUGCUUUAAAGUCGUCAAAAUUGAACUAGUUCAGUGUGAGCAGGAUUAGCAGUGUGUGCUGAUAGGGUAAAACGAUUUACUGAAAUCCAAGCGCCGAAUAUCAAAAUAAACUACA